CCGCUCUGUUCGUCACUUGAAAUAAUUCGAAACACAACACCACCAUGGCCGAAGAGAACGUAUUGGAGAGCAAGCCCGCUCAGUCGAUCCCCGAGAGACCCAAGGAUGCACCUGCCGACGAGGCUGGCGCCGCUCCCGCCGAGGGCGACAAGGGCCGCUAAGGAGAAGGAGAAGGCCGAGAAGGCCGCUAAGCGCAAGGCCGCCGAGGACGCACAGAAGAAGCAACAAGAGGGCACCGAUGUUUCCUCCAACGACUACGGCGACCUGCCCAUGAUCGGCUCCCAGGAAUACAAGCCCUCUGGCGUUUCGCGCACCACCCUUGCUCAGAUCUCCGAGAAGUACAACGAGACCACCCCCAUCGACGAGGCCGGCGGUGUCGAGGUCUGCUUCCGCGCUGUUGUCGAGAAUGCCCGCAACCAGUCGGCCAAGCUCUCUUUCCUCGUCUUCCGUGAGGGUCUCAACACCAUCCAGGCUGUUGUCGCCGCCAGCGACUCUCUCAGCAGACAGAUGGUCAAGUUCGCCGGUAGCAUCAACGCCGAGUCAGUCGUGCUGGUCCACGGUCUGGUCAAGAAGACUCCCGAGCCCGUCAAGAGUGCCACUAUCAGCCACCUCGAGAUUCACAUCAAGAAGAUCUACGUCGUUGCAAAGGCCGACAGCCAACUGCCCAUGCAGGUCCAGGAUGCUGAGAGACCUCUGCCCCUCGAGGGUGAGGAGAUCAAGGAGGAGGAGGGCGCCCGUCCCAUUGUCACCUUGAACACUCGUCUCAACAACCGUGUCAUUGACCUUCGUGGCAAGCACAACCGUGCCAUCUUCGCCAUCAAGGACGGUGUCACUGCUCUCUUCCAGGAGUUCUUGCGCAACCAGGGCUUCAUUGGCAUCCAGACUCCUAAGCUCCUUGGUGCUCCCUCCGAGGGCGGAGCUAACGUCUUCGAAGUCGGCUACUUUGCUACCAAGGCUUUCCUCGCCCAGUCACCCCAGCUGUAUAAGCAGAUGCUUAUCGCUGCCCGUUUCGAGCGUGUCAUGGAGGUCGGCCCCGUUUUCCGCGCUGAGAACUCAAACACUGCCCGUCACUUGACCGAGUUCACCGGUCUCGAUCUGGAGAUGGCCUUCGAGGAGGACUACCACGAGGUCGUCGAGGUUCUCGAGAACCUCAUGCUGUACAUCUUCAACGGUCUCAAGUCAAAGUACAAGCGCGAGACCGACCUCGUCCGCAGCAUCUACCACGUCGACGAGUUCAAGCUCCCCGAGGCUGGCAAGGUCCCCCGCAUCCCCUUCGCCGAGGGUAUCCAAAUGCUCCGCGAUGACGGCCUCGAGAUUGGCGACUACGACGACCUCAGCACACCCGACGAGAAGCGUCUCGGCGCCCUCGUUCUCAAGAAGUACGGCUCCGACUUCUACGUCCUCGACCAGUUCCCCCUCAACAUCCGCCCCUUCUACACCAUGCCCUCGCACACCGCCCCCGCCCACCAGACCGGCGCAAAGGACCCCAACUCCGGCUACUCCAACUCGUACGACUUCUUCAUGCGCGGUCAGGAGAUCCUGUCCGGUGCCCAGCGUAUCCACGAUGCCGAGUUCUUGUGCAAGCGUAUGAAGGAGCACGCCAGCCCCGUCGACCCCAACUCGGAUGGUCUCCGUGACUACGUCAACGCUUUCCGCUACGGAUGUCCUCCUCAUGCAGGCGGUGGUAUCGGUCUCGAGCGUAUCGUCAUGUUGUGGCUGGGUCUUCCCAACGUGCGUCUCGCUUCCUUGUUCCCCAGAGACCCUAACCGUGUCAUGCCUUAAAAAGCGUGUCUGCUGCUUUAGCUUCUCUAUAUCAAUGGUUGCUGUUGCUAAAAGAAAAUGAUGGUUCAUGUAUACAUGCUGGUUCUUUUUGAUGCAAACAAAAAAAUUCAAAU